ACAGGCUGUGUGGAAUGUAGGAGCUAUCGGUGCUGCUACCGACAUGCCUAAUAAAGCAACAGAAGCCUUGAAAAAAUCCUUGGCAACCGCAUCAACAUCUGAGGAUAAGAAAAAGGUAAAGUUGAUGUAAACGAACAUGAUUUUUAUCACAUAUAAAACCACUGACACGACAGUGAUUUCCUUUGUCUUUUCUGCAUGAAUUAUUAAUUUAUUUUGAGUUUUUUAAAGGCACAGUUCAGCCUUUUGAACGAUGGUUUUUAAGGCGCAUUUCAGCCCUUUUAAUUGAAAAAACUAACUAGGAAAAUCAAUUAUGCAUAAUUCAAGAUCAGUAAACUCAAUGUUUUUAACAAUAAAAAUGUUUUAAAAUGUUAAAAACAUUGAGUUUGCUGAUCUUGAAUUAUGCUUAAUUGAUUUUCCUAGUUAGUUUUUCAAUUAAAAAGAGCUGAAAUGCGCCUUAAAACCAUUAUUCAAAAGGCUGCCUUUAAUUACUGUUUAUUUUCACUUGCAUGUUUAACAGUUCUUGAACGUCUGAAUUGAUUCCUAAAACGUAAACGAGAUUUUCUAUUUUCUGGCAUGGUUGAAUCUUAUGAUUUACGUCUUCGAGGUUUCCGUUUUUAUAAAACACUAAACUUGUCAAAGAAACUUCAACACAUUUGUUCUUCUUCUAGAGUGGUAAAACAAGUUCCAGCAAAAAACCCAUCCCAAGGUAAGCUUUAUUUCGUCUAUACUGAUCAUCGAACGUUAAGUUUAUCUCAAGCAAGUCUGCCAACAAGCCGUCAACAAGUUGUGUUCGCACUGCUUGUCCCAAGUUGUCAACAAGUUUGGAACAAGCUGUUAACUUCUAAUAACCUUGUUGAUAUGAUCAGGCUUGUUGCAAGUUUGUUCAAACAAGUCCGAUAUAGUCAUGAUAUAGCAAUAUUGUUACAACCUUGUAUCGUCAACCUUGUAACAAGUCUGAUAGUGCCAUCAAGCUUGUUACAAGUUGUUAACAGCUUUGUUCCAAACUUGUUACAACAACUUGGAACAAGCAGUGCGAACACAAGUUGUUGACAGCUUGUGAACAGAUUUGUAACAACUGUGUAAUACACACGUAAAAACGCACAAGUUGUUACAGAUCUGCGAACAAGUUGUUACAAAUCUGCUCGACAAGUUGUCUUCGCACUGCUUGUUCCCAGUUGUUGUAACAAGUUUGGAACAAGCUGUUAACAACUUGUAACAAGCUUGAUGGCAUUACCAGACUUGUUACAAGGUUGUUCUAACAAGUCUGAUACAGUCAGACAUAACAAGAAUGUUACAAGGUUGAUGACACAAGGUUGUAACAAUAUUGCUAUAUCAUGACUGUAUCAGACUUGUUGGAACAACCUUGCAACAAAUCUGAUAAUCAGCUUGUCCCAAACGUGUUGACAACUUGGGACAAGCAGUGCGAACACAACUUGUUGACGGCUUGUUUGCAGGCUUGCUAGAAAAUGUGAGAUUUUUACGCGUGUAAGAAUGCUACCUACAUUGAAUCCCCGUGCUUAGAAUAUUCGAAAAUAUACAGAAUGGCAGCCGUGGUCACAAUCUGAACUACCCUAAAAAGACAGAACGAUUUGACUUUUUAGCGAAUAUCCUGUGUUAGGAAGGGCCCUUCAUUCGAAGUACCGAAGCAAUAGUGCACGUUCUUAAACUGUUGACAACCCGGACCAAAUUCAGUGAUAUUUGAUUAAUCAUUCUAUUUAUUUCCUUCAUAUUCCCCAGAUCUGGCAUAUUGUCCAUGAAUGUUGCGAGUGAUGGCACAGGUGUCCCUAAUCUUGGCAGUGACAGCUCGUCAGAUAGUGACACGUUCAGUGAUGACGAUUUGAGUAGCAGCGGUAGCUGAGUACUUCAUGUAAGCAAAGCAUAUCGCACUCAAGCAACCGGUGGGUAUAUCGAGGUAGAUGCCAUAGAUUGAAUAUACAAAUAGUGGUCACGGUCGUGAGAACACUGAUCUCAAGUGCAGACUGGAUUGUUCACUGAUACAGAAAAUGAAACCAACUGACCACCAUUCUUAGGACAAUAGAAAAACGAAAUACACCCUUCCGGUAAGGAGCCUCGUUUCUAUAUUUGAGCCGUUUGUUUAAAGGCCUUUUACCUUGUCACUUAUUUUCACUGAAAUAACUGUGCCGUUUCGUAAAUGUGUCAGCUAUAAAGGGCUGUGAACCCAAUAUCUCCAUCACAAAAACAAGACUCUAUAGGGUGUAUUCAAGUGCGACCAACUAUGUGUAAUAUUUGGGUCAUUCUAAGAAGAAAUGUAAUGUAUCUUUAUUGCAAAAAAACCUCAUCUUGAUUAACUUUUUCACUGUCAAAGUUCCAGAUAUGAUGUCAUUAGGUAAAUUUUUGGUACAAAAAACAAAGGAAAACUAAUUUGCAAUUCAUCUCUAAUAACAUAUUUGACAGUGAAAAAGUUGAUCAAGAUUUUUUAUUAUAAAGAUAUAUUACAUUUCUUCUUCGAAUGACCCAAAUAUUACACAUACAAAAAAUCGUAUUUGGGAUUAGUCGCAUUUUAAUUAUUACACCUAUUUGUAUAUUCAAUCUAUGAUGACAUGAUAUGGUCAAUGAAAGGACGAGAAUUUUCAAACUAUAGUAAAUAAUACAAUGACAUAUAAUAAACAAUCGACUGUAUUAUGGAAUGCAAAAGACACGUCUGAUAGCCUUGCUCUCUUAAACGUUUGUGAAAGUCAUGAUAGGCAUGAAAACAUGCAAAGUCAUAAUAUAAAACAAUUUCUAAUUUAAUUUCUGUGGGUAUUUCGGAAAGUUGUUUUUCUCACUCCGAUAAAUACUGUAAAUGUAUCAAAUAUGUCAGUGUUGCAAAAACAUGGAUGAAUCACAGUUUGUUUGGAGUUGAGAUUUUUUAAACAGGUGGACCGGUCAUUACUUAUGGCGGGGGGUGACACCGAAGGGUUGGGUAAACAAAGUUUUGAGAGAGCAAAAGGUUGGGUAAAUGAAAAAUAAAAUAACUCAAGGGUUGGAUAAUAAAAAUUUACAGUCAUUUCCAAAGCAUGACUCACUCAAAUAUUGCGAACACUCAUACGCGAAUUUGAACAGUCAUAUCUCACUACAAUAUGUAAACCAGUGUGAUCAUUCUCCGAUUUAAUGGUUGGAUCAGUAAAAUAUUUGCCAAGCAAAACAUUUUCUUUUCGGUGCCACCCACCACCAAAAAUAAUGAUCACUCCCUUAGUCUUCUCUGAGUACUGUUAUCAUUUUAUUUAUUUAUUUAUUUAUUUAGCUUUGCCAACUAGGGCAGGGUCACCACAACAGCAUAUGCCAAUUACUGUGGGUCCCUUUACCUAACCCACCCUGUCAACUUUCCCUGUGGGAGGAAACCGGAGUACCCGGAGGAAACCCACGACUUUCGGCAGAGCGUUGACUGACUCUUUUCACAUGAGGACUGGGUUCGAGUGGCAUUGAGAAAGUUCUCAGUGAGGUUUGAACCUGCGGCCUUAGAGGUGAAAGGCAAGUGCGCUAACCACUUUGCCACCGAAGCCCCAUUUUGCCUCGUCAUAUGUAAGAAAUAUAUUCCAGUUUUUUCGGGCAGUAAUACUAAGGAAAUAAGGAAUGGUUGUUGAUGAAUCUCGUUUACAUUUAAAUAUUAGACUUAGAUUUUUAGAGGGAAAUAUCAAGUUUCUGUUUUGUUAUCUAAAUGAACAAGUUCUGUGACAAUGUUGUUGAAACUCUUGCUAGCUUCAGAAUCUAGGAAUGAUUGUAGGAAAUCUUCACCAUCUUCGAGACAUCUUGCAAGAUUUGGAUCCAGUGGAAUACAGCC